AGUACCCAUUUCAUCCGCCAGUGUGCGCUGCCACUCGCAGACCCGCUGGCUGUGCUUCCCCUUUUUCCUCGCUAGGUCGCCGAGUCAACAUCCGUCAGGGCCACCGAGUCAACAUCCGUCACGCCUCACCGGCGGCAGGAGCACCCUGCGCACCUACUCCCGUCAGGCCCAUUCCCCCGAACCCCAAGCUCCAGCGAGACCCCAUGGUGGCGCAGGGGAUCGCGGACGCCGUGCAGGCCUACACGGGCCUCUCGCCCGCGGCCGCCGUCACCGUCCUGGCCCUCAUGCUCGCCACCUACCUCAUCGUCUCCACCCUCUUCGUCGCCCCUGACGCAUCCGCUUCCUCCACGCCGGCGGCGCCUCCCAAGGCGCCUCAGCAGCAGGAGCAGGGACCGGAGACAGAGACGGAGCCGGAGCCAUUCGUGCCACCGUUUCCGGACCCUGUACAGAUGGGGCAGAUCACGCUUGAGCAGCUCAGGGCCUACGAUGGCAAGGACGCCGCAAAGUCGAUCCUCAUCGCCAUCCGCGGCCAGGUCUACGACGUCUCGCGCGGGAGGCUCUUUUAUGGACCUCAAGGACCAUAUUCCUUGUUUGCCGGGAGGGAUGCAUCUCGGGCCCUGGCAUUGAUGUCAUUUGACCCUAAUGACCUGACCGGAGACUUGGAAGGCCUAAGUCCAGAUGAGAUGGAGGUUUUACAAGAUUGGGAAGAUAAAUUCAAAGAGAGGUACCCUGUGGUGGGCCGUCUUCCUUCUGAAAAGGCAACAGUCGGCGAUCAGAACGGUGCCCAGCUUGAUCACGAGGGAGAGAACGCUAGUGCUUAACCCCAUGGACACUUAUGCCUGGCUCUGUGUCUUUUACUGGAUUGCAAGCGGUAGGUAUGAUUCGCUGAUAGCUGAUGUUGUUUGUAUGCUGCAUGAAUGAAUGACUAAUGUACCUCUGUUUUCUCCAUCUGUUUUGCUUCGGUUGGUGACUUGGUGUGUAGUGGAUACGGGCGCAGAAAAUUUUGUGUGACAAAAAAAAAACUUCGAGUAUAUACUGUGCCCUAACGACGUGCAUAUGCUGUGAUGUGUGUCAUGCAUAACUUGACGGCUCGUACUGAAACGAUGAUCUUUGCUGGCAAUUAAAGGUCCAUAAUUUCGCCAA